CUCUUGUCCCUUGCGGAGCAUUGGGGAGAAUUAAGAGCCCCAGGCUGCAGGCGGACUGUUUAGUUUGUGCAUGGAGGUGGGUGGGGACGGGACGGGGCCAAAUCUAGGAGCAGAGGCUAUGGGGUCUUCUUCUUUUCUUUAGCGAUCCCUCGCUGCCAAGUAAGAUUGCCUUACAUGUACACAUUCUUAACAGAGGCCAAUUCUGGAUCCACACGUCCUUCCACAGCGGGGUCAUAGGUUUCUGGGUGGGAGUUGAUUCCGGUCAGGGUUUGCAAAAAGUGCCUUCCUCUUAGCUCGUUUCUCCCUUUCGUCCCGAGUUUGUUUUUCUUCAAAGUCCAAUACGCCUUUGGUAAUGGCUGUUCUCCAACUGGAGCGCUCACAGGCCAGUGUUUCCCAGUUGUCGGUGUUUAUACUGGUUUUUUUUAGAUUUGCCUUGAGACAGUCUUUUAACCUCUUUUGUUGACCACCAGCAUUACACUUUCCAUUUUUAAGUUCAGAAUAGAGUAGUUGCUUUGGAAGACGAUAAUCAGGCAUCCGCACAACAUGACCAGUCCAACGAAGUUGAUGUUGAUGUAUCAUUGCUUUGACACUGGUGAGUGUUCCUUCUUCCAGUACACUGGCAUUAGAAUAAUAGAAUCAUAGAGUUGGAAGAGACCACAAGGGCCAUCCAGUCCAACCCCCUGCCAAGCAGGAAACACCAUCAAAGCAUUCCUGACAGAUGGCUGUCAAGCCUUCGCAUUCCUUGGCAGCAAAUUCCACUGUCGAACAGCUCUUACUGUCAGGAAGUUCUUCCUAAUGUUUAGGUGGAAUCUUCUUUCUUGUAGCUUGGAUCCAUUGCUCUGUGUCCGCUUCUCUGGAGCAGCAGAAAACAACCUUUCACCCUCUUCUAUAUGACAUCCUUUAAUAUAUUUGAACAUGGCUAUCAUAUCACCCCUUAACCUUCUCUUCUCCAGGCUAAACAUACCCAACUCCCUAAGUCGUUCCUCAUAAGGCAUCGUUUCCAGGCCUUUGACCAUUUUGGUUGCCCUCUUCUGGACACGUUCCAGUUAGUCAGUAUCCUUCUUGAACUGUGGUGCCCAGAACUGGACACAGUACUCCAGGUGAGGUCUGACCAGAGCAGAAUACAGUGGUACUAUUACUUCCCUUGAUCUAGAUGCUAUACACUCCUAUUGAUGCAGCCCAGAAUUGCACUGGCUUUUUUAGCUGCUACAUCACACUGUUGACUCAUGUCAAGUUUGUGGUCUACCAAGACUCCUAGAUCCUUUUCACAUGUCAAAGGCCUUGCUGAAAUCAAGAUAGGCUAUAUCCACAGCAUUCCCUUCAUCUUCCAGGCUUGUAAUUCUGUCAAAAAAUGAGAUCAGAUUAGUCUGACAUGACCUGUUUUUCAGAAACCCAUGCUGACCUUUAGUGAUCACAGCAUUCCUUUCUAGGUGCUCACAGACCAUUUGCUUAAUGAUCUGUUCUAGAAUCUUUCCUGGUAUUGAUGUCAGGCUGACUGGGCGGUAAUUGUUUGGGUCAGGAAGGGGUAUUUGUCAGUGGGUUUUAUGAUUCCUUGCAGCCGUUACAUUUUGGAUCUUGGCCCCUGGGAGACAGCACAUCUCUUGAGAUGUCUUAUCAGGCUCAUAGAUCACUGCUUCUGUACCCCUCAGUAGGGAAUCCCCUAUCACCACUACACGCCUCCUCAUAGGCUUGGUCGGGAUUCUUCCAUGUGCUGUCCCUUCCAAAGUCACCUGCAUAUUCCCUGGGGACUGACUUUGCUGCUCAUCUUCAUAUUUCUGAUCACUUGUCUUCCCAGGUGAUGUGUAAAAAUUUUCUGAGGCACUGUUGAUGGAAUCUUUCGAGAAGUUGGAGAUGGCGUUUAUAAGUGGUCCAUGUUUCACAAGCAUACAGUAAGGACUUUUCUAGCACCUCUAUUUUGGACAGACAGAACUUGGCGGAAGAAAAAACAGAUUCUUUCUGAUUCCUUGGAGGUUUCUUGAGAUUACAGAUGGAUGAGCAAGACUCAGCUGACCCUGAAGGAGGAAGAGGCAAUUUCAUCCUAAUGGGGAGCAGCAGGGGAUUCUGGGAAAACUCUGUGCAGACCCUGGGUGAGGAGGACACCCUUCACUCUGAUGUGCAGAGCCAGCAGUUCAAGAAGUUCUGCUACCAAGAGGUCAAACGUCCCCGAGAGUUUUGCAGUCGACUCUACCACUUUGACCAUCAAUGGCUAAAGCCAGAAAGGCAUACGAAAGCUGAGAUGCUCGACCUGGUGAUCUUGGAGCAGUUCCUGGCUGUCCUUCCACCGGAGCUGGGUAGCUGGGUGAGGGAAUGUGGAGCAAAGACCUGUGCCCAGGCAGUGGCCCUGGCUGAAGGUUUCCUCCUGAGUCAGGCAGCGGAGAGAAUGGAGGCAGAACAGCAGGGAGAUUAUCUGUUUGCAAAAAUGGGCAUGGAUUCCUCUGAGGCAGAGAGGACUCUGUUGGAUACCAGAGAGAGGCCACUGGGUGACAGAAAGACAUCAGUGAAACUUCAUCCAUAUUUUCAUGGCAACGGAGGGGAAGCGGCAGCUGUGGAACCAGAUCAGGGUCCAGUGUGCUUUGAAGAUGUCGCUGUUUGUUUCACAGACGAGGAAUGGGCAUUGCUGGAUUCUGCCCAGAGAGCUUUACAUAAGGAAGUCAUGGAGGAGAAUCGUGGGAUCAUGGACUCACUUGGUGGUGAUAAAUUAGAAAUGAUCAAGGGAGACCAUGGUAGAAUCCACACAAUGAAGAAGCCACAUAAAUAUUCAGAGUGUGGAGAGAGAUUCCCUCAGAGUUCCAAUUCCACUUCCCAUAAAAUAAAUCCCAUUGGGAAGAAAUCCUAUCUGUGCUUAGAAUGUGGAAAGUGCUUUGGUCGGAAACGAACUCUCACAGCCCAUCACAGAGUCCACACUGGGGAGAAGCCCUAUCAGUGCUUGGAAUGUGGAAAGAGCUUCAGUCACAACAGCAAUCUCACUUCCCAUCAAAGAAUUCAUACCGGGGAGAAACCUUAUCAGUGCUUGGAAUGUGGAAAGAGCUUCACUCAGUGCGCAACUUUCACUUCCCAUCAAAGAAUUCAUACUGGAGAGAAACCCUAUCAGUGCUUGGAAUGUGGAAAGAGCUUCCGUCACUGCACUGCUCUCACUUCCCAUCAAAGAAUUCAUACUGGGGAGAAACCCUAUCAGUGCUUGGAAUGUGGAAAGAGCUUAAGCAAGAGCUCUGCUCUCAGUUCCCAUCAAAGAAUUCAUACAGGUGAGAAACCCUAUCAGUGUGUGGAAUGUGGAAAGAGCUUCCGUCACAGCACCGCUCUCACUACUCAUCAAGUAAUUCAUACCGGGAAGAAGCCCUAUCAGUGCUUGGAAUGUGGAAAGAGCUUUGGUCAGAAGGGAAAACUCACUUUACAUCAAAGAAUUCAUACUGGGGAGAAACCCUUUGAAUGCCAAGAGUGUGGAAAGAGCUUUAGUAAGAGCAACCAUCUCACUUCCCAUCAAAGAAUUCAUACAGGGGAGAAACCUUAUGAGUGCUUGAAAUGUGGAAAGAGCUUCACUCGGAAAGAAAGUCUCGCUUCCCAUCAAAGAACACACAGCGAGGAGAAACCCUACCAGUGCUUGGAAUGUGGGAAGAGUUUCAGUCGGAAGGAAACACUCACUUUCCAUCAAAGAAUUCAUACUGGAGAGAAACCAUAUCAGUGCAUGGAAUGUGGAAAGAGUUUCAGUCACAGAGCUAAUUUCAUGGCCCAUCAAAGAACUCACAGCGGGGAGAAACCAUAUCAAUGCUUGGAAUGUGGAAAGAGCUUCCGUUACAGCAGCAAUCUCACUGUUCAUCAAAGAAUUCACAGCAUGGAGAAGCCAUAUCAGUGCUUGCAAUGUGGGAAGAGCUUCCAUCAAAGCAGCGCCCUCACUUCCCAUCAAACAAUUCACAGUGGGGAGAAACCAUAUCGGUGCUUGGAAUGUGGAAAGAGCUUCAAUCACAGCAGCACUCUCACUUACCAUCAGACAACUCACAGAAGAGAGAAACCCUUUGAAUGCCAAGAGUGUGGAAAGAGUUUCAGUCAUAAGGAAAGUCUCACUUCCCAUCAAAUAAUUCAUACAGGGGGGAAACCCUAUCUGUGCUUGGAAUGUGGAAAGAGCUUCAGUCACAGAACAACUCUCACGGCCCAUCAAAGAAUUCAUACCGGGGAGAAGCCUUUUCAGUGCCAGGAGUGUGGAAAAAGCUUCCGUCAGAGAUCAUCUCUCACUACCCAUCAAAGAACUCACAGUGGAGAGAAACCAUAUCUGUGCUUGGAAUGUGGAAAGAGCUUUAGACACAGUCGCACUCUCACUUCCCAUCAAAGAAUUCACAGUGGGGAGAAACCAUAUCAAUGCUUCAAAUAUGGAAUGAGCUUCACCGGCAGUGACAAUCUCACUUCCCAUCAAAUUCCCAGUGGGCAGAAACCAUAGCAGUUGCUGUUUACAAAUUUAAAAUACAUGAAACUGUAAUUAGUAGGUGGGUGAGUAUUGCUACGGUGUUCGUUGACUCAUGUCAAGUUUGUGGUCUACCAGGACUCCUAAUCCUUUUCACAUGUACUGCUCUCAAGACACCACAUUAUCUCUGCUUGGGAAAAGAAAACCUCAAUAUUUAAGCUACAUAGAAGGUCUACCCUUUGAGUAGUGUUUUAAAAAAGAAAGAAACAGAAGACACAACAUAUACAUGCAGUUUAUUCUAUCUCAUUUUCUGAACUACUGCUAUCAUUUUCCAUUUUCUCUUCCUCUUCCUUUUUGUCAUUUUUCUCAUGGACUUCUAAAAAACUGCUUUGGAGGAAAAUGGGGGGGAAACUGUUUUUCCUCCCAUUUUUCUGGGUUUUCCCCCCAGGCCCUCAUACACGGUAGGCCCUGAUCUAAGAGCUGCAUUUUAUAGUACUCACUUUAUAGUACUCACUUUAGUGUUUUAAGCCCUAAAUAACAGGCCUCACAUGGCUGAAAGACCUUACAGGUGCAGAACCUCACAGGUGUUAAGAUCAGCAGAGGGGAAGCUCUUGGGAGUUUCACAGCCCUCGGAAUUUGGGGGGAGGUGGCCCAGAUUGUAUUCUCUGUGGAAUCCCCUAAAUUGUGGAAUUCCCUCCUCACAGUUAUGUGUUUGGCUUCUUCGCUGUUCAGCUUUUGGCAAAAGAUGAAGAUGAACCUCUCCACCUUUGAGAUGUGUGUUUUCAGGGCCCACUCUAUUCCUUUGAUUGCUAACCGUUUAAAAUUUUGAAUUUUGAAUUGUAACCCAAUCUUGGACAUGUUGGUAAAGGGUGUGUAAUUAAUGAUGAUGAGUACAACAACAACAACAACAACAACAAUGUGAAAUAGUAGAAAUUGCUUUAGGUAUGUGCAUACUUUUUUUUGUCACUAACACUAGUAAUCGAGAGGAAAGGAGAGCAAAAUUUUCAAGUUCAGAGGUCAUCAUGAUUUCCAGCACUUAUUUCAGCCCUGAUACCUAUGGCUGUUGUUUGGUGGUGGUGGGGAGCUGGGAGGUAGUUUAUUCCCAUGAAAGCAAAUGUGCUGACGUGUGGGGCUGGUAUAUACCCUGCCCCUUUGAGCCACUGGGAGCCAGAUAGGAGCACCCAUCUCUCCCCCCCCCACCCCCAGCUGGGAGCCAGCUAGGGGCACCCAUCCACCUCUCUCUCUUUCUCUCUCUCUCUCCCACCCCCCCCCAGCUGGGAGCCAGCUAGGGGCACCCUUCUACCUCUCUCUUUCUCCCCCACCCCCAGCUGGGAGCCAGCUAGGAGCGUCUUUCUCUCUCACUGGCUCCCAGUGGCUCAAAGAGACAGGGACGGGGGAUAUCCCUCUGUGAGUUGGGGCUCCCACUUUCCUCCAGCUACUCACUCAGACCCUAUUACGUCCUGAGGAAAGCGGAGCCAUCCCAUGCACACACGCAAACUCACACACACCCCUCCCUCUCUGCCGGCAUGAGGGAGGAGGAACCGGGGAGCUCUAGGCAGGCAAGAGGGAUGGGGAGCAAUCCAGCCAUUCUGUGCAAUGCACUAACACAGUCACACACAUACUGGUAAGCUCUGUAUCGGAAAGAGGGAAGGAGCUCUCCCUGCAAUUGCCCAUGGUUAUUGAGCUUUUUUGUGGGGGAGAGACAAGAGUUAUUGAGGGGUUUUUUAGGGGGAGAGCUCUUUCUUUUCUUUUAGGUUGGCGAUCACUAAGGAACCCGGGAUCUACCAGAAACGUCUUGGGGAUCUACUGGCAGAUCGCGAUCUACCUGUUGGCCAUGCCUGCAUAAGGCCAUUGCCAAAGAGAGUAAUACAAUAGGCUAUCAGAAGCAGCCAGAAGAGGACCAUCUGAGCUCUUGGGUGAUUCGAAAGUCCCACCAAAACAAACUCUGUAACCAUUGUAUUGUUUUCAUCUGUCAUAGCCUUCAACUAGUCUGUGAGGAACAAAGGUGAGAGAUAUUGAAGCUAAAAUAGAGUAGAGUAAACCAGAUUUUGAAUCAACGAAUGAACAUUUAUCUAGGUAAUAAAUCAUGUGCACUGAUUUUUAAUUGGCAGUGUCAUUGCUAAGACAACUGGGCAGUCUCUGUUGGAGUCUUGCAGAUCCUGUUGCCCUUUGGCAGAUCCUGUUGCCCUACAGUCAGUGACCUUUGGCCAUACUGACUGCUAGUCCAAAAUAUCUGGAAAGCAGUGGGCUGACUCUAAGUUUGCUGAGGAAGAAUUACGGAGGGGUGGGGAGGUGGAAAUUAGAAAUAAUUACCACAGCCAUAAGACCAUUGCAAAAGGGAGUGGCAAUGCGAACUAGCCAGAAUAAGGCAGCCUCCACUCUGGGGUGAGCCAAGAUGCCCAUGAAAAUGAACUCGUUAACCACUGUAUUGUUUGCAUGUGUCAUAGCCUUCUUCAGCUACUACCUCUUACUAACAAAUAGAAUAAAUUGUUAUGAACAUCAGAAUUGAACACAGUUCAGAGAUUCUCUAAGUGCUUCACUUACAUUAUUUAGUUCAGGUGUUGGGAACUUAUGGCCUUCCAGAUGUUGUUGGACUCCAACCUCUGAUGCUCCUGUCAGGGAUGAUGGAGUUGGAGUCCCACCCACAUCUGGAGAGGGGCAGGUUCCCAUCUCUUACAACUCUCCCACUGAGUAAGUCAUUGUGUGCCUCCUUUCCUAGUGAGUGCAUGGUGGAACUGAGAUUUAGAUGGGGACUUUAUGAUUUGUGUAUCUCAAGCUUUUAGUCUUGUGUGACACUAGUUCUCAGAAAUAAAUUUGCUUUCAAAAAUUAUUUGCAUGAGGUAGACUUUUCACUUCCAUGUGACACCCCUUUUCAGCUACUGUAUAUAGCACCCAGCCAUGGCCCAAAGGUUAUCAUUGGUAAAAGUAGUGAGAAUGCCAUAAUUAAUUAAAUUAUUGUGUUCUCAGUACUAAGUCAUGUUUACUUUAAUAGAGACACUGGUGCACUUUGCAAGGGUUGUAUUGUGCAGCAAAAUAUACUUCUGGCCCCCGGACUACCUAAUGGAAAAUAUAGGUCUUUCCUCUCCUGAUGCAGGAGUCAACAAUCUGCAGUUUAGUCUGUAGCACAAAGGGAUAAAUUGGGGCUCAUAAUUCAAAAGCUAUAUUCUUAGUUAGAAACUUAGGUAUUCCUUCGAAGCAGAUAUUUAAUAAUAAUAAUAAUAAUAAUAAUUUAUUUAUACCCCGCCCAUCUGGGCGGCUUCCAACAAAAUAUUAAAAUACAGAAAUUCAUCAAACAUUAAAAGCUUCCCUAAACACGGCUGCCUUGAGAUGCCUUCUAAAGGUCUGGUAAUUGUUGUUCUCUUUGACCUCUGGUGGGAGGGCAUUCCACAGGGUGGGUGCCAUUGAAGGUUCCUCCACCCAUUUUCCUCACACAUUACUGUACAGCAUGUGGUGAGAAAUCCAGUAUCUGAGUGUGAACAUUUAGCCCAUUCAUAUUUAACCUGCAUUUUGAGAUCUGUCAGGUUUCCUAGACCAGAAUCAAAAUAUCUUUAUUGAACCCCUGCCUCAAAAUAAUUUACACUCUACCAAUGAUAAUUUCAAAGAGACAGUGGUGAGUUUUCCUUAUUUAAUAUAUUAUAGGAAUGUCAUCAGAUACAUGCUGGGAUUCUACCAAGACUUAACAGAUGUCUUUCCAAAUAGUUUAAAAAUAAAGCUCCUGGAGAAGGAGGCUCCCUCUCUUACUCCCAUUUUCUGUAAUAAAACAGCUACUUUGAGAUAUUAGACAAACAGGCCAAACCCUACGCCAAUUGAUAAAUGGACAUAAAUCUGACAUCAGGAAUCACAAGACAGAGAAACCAGUAGGAGAACACUUCAAUCUCCCAGGACAUUCUAUACAAGAUCUCAAAGUAGCUGUUUUAUACAUGAUCAAGCUUUCUUUAGCACCUCAGUCCUUGCUUUUUCCUGCAAGACCAAUUGCAGUCAUUAACAGUUGUUAACAGUCAUCAACAGGUUUACCACUCCUAUCAGCCCA